AUGACUUCUAUCAUUCAGCUCUACUAGAACCCAGUAAAAACACCCUAACCCCAGGGCUGUGGAGACAGGUUUAUCUCUUAGAGAACAUGCUCCAAGGAGAUGUUCAACAACUACGACACAAAGAGCGAGAUAUUCUCUCAGAGCUCCCAGAUCAAUCUGCUUGACAAACUUGGAAGCCAUACUUCUCAGCAGAUCGAGGAAAACAACGAAAACUAGUUGAGUCAAGCGAACAGUAUGCAGGCAGAUGAAAAUCAAAGAAUGUACACUACGCUGCUGCAAAACUAGGUUCUAGGAAUACAGAAUCCUCAUCUAAUUUAAGGUGGUUAUCUUAAUGAUGAGUUCAUGGAUAGUGUUGGAAGCAUUGAAAAAUCCAUUCCGCUCAGUUUAGCACCUCCUUCAUCAUAUAAUGUACUAAGAUUCAAUCAAAAGGAGAGAAAGCCAUUUGAGUCUUGCCCUUACAAAGUAGCUCCUUUUGCAGGCUUUGAAGAGGAUUAGCUUUUAACAGCACCAUAUAAAUAGCAAAGGAAAAUUCCAAAAGUUCCAUUCAAGGUGUUAGAUGCUCCAGCAUUGCAAGAUGAUUUCUAUCUUAAUCUGGUUGACUGGUCUUCAAGUAAUAUUCUGGCUGUAGGUUUAGGAUCAUGUGUUUAUCUAUGGUCUGCUUAGAGCAGUAAGGUCACAAAAUUGUACGAUCUCGGGUAGAAUGACUCAGUAACCAGUGUGCAAUGGUCGAACCGAGGAAAUCUCCUAGCAGUAGGAACGAAUUCAGGGUAACUUUAAGUUUGGGAUACGCAAAAAACAAAACAGAUUAAGACUUUGACUGGCCACGAGGGCAGAAUAGGUACUGUAGCCUGGAACAGCAGAUUUCUGAGUUCAGGGUCGCGAGAUAAAUGCAUCCUUCACAGAGAUUUGAGAACAAAGCAUAACUUCGAAGCAAAACUGCAGGGACACAAAUAGGAAGUUUGCGGAUUAAAAUGGAGCUAUGAUGAAUAAUAAUUAGCUUCAGGAGGAAACGAUAAUAAGCUACUGAUCUGGAGCUUGCACAACAGUACGAGUCCCCAAGCAAAGUUUGCGAAUCAUAUUGCAGCAGUAAAGGCAAUAGCAUGGUCUCCGCAUCAACAUGGACUAUUAGCAAGCGGUGGAGGAACAGCUGAUAGGUGCAUCAGAUUCUGGAACACUCUAACCUUAUCGCCUUUAAGUUCUCUUGAAACUGGAAGUUAGGUGUGUAAUUUGCUAUUCUCUAAAAAUGUUAACGAACUUGUGAGUACUCACGGAUAUUCAUAGAAUCAAAUCAUAGUAUGGAAGUACCCGACUAUGAAGAAGCUAGCGACGUUAACAGGACAUACAUUUAGGGUUCUAUAUCUAUCGUGCAGCCCGGACGGGUAGACUUUAGUAACAGGCGCAGGCGACGAAACCCUAAGGUUUUGGAACGUAUUUCCACCAAAGAAAGAAUCUAAGUCGCCGAUUUCGAGCAUAAUUCCAUCCAGAAUGGAUCUUAGAUGA